AUGAUAGAGAGAGGAGAAGAGCGAGCGGACUACAUCCCUGGACUAUCUCCAAUCCGAUUAGCAGACCUCCCUACCAUCUUCCACAUGAAGGGUCACCAACUCUUGUAUAAAGCUGUUAAUCAGAUUUCCAAUGUCACCAAAGCCCAAUAUCUCUUGUUCUCCUCUAUAUUUGAGCUCGAAGCUCAAGUCAUCGAUGCUUUAAAACCCAAAUUUCCAUUUCCCAUUUAUUCUUUCGGCCCCCUCAUACCUUACUUCAAUCUUGAACAUCCUAUCCCUCACACCAUUGCUAGUCAAACCGAUCAUGACUACCUCAAAUGGUUAGACUCUCAACCUCAGAACUCUGUUUUGUACGUUUCGUUGGGAAGUUUCCUCUCUAUUUCAAGUGCCCAAAUGGAUGAAAUUGUAGCUGGGUUGCGGGAUAGUGGCGUGCGGUGCUUGUGGGUGACGCGUGACAAAGCGUCCAGGUUAAAGGAGGCUUGUGGCAGUUCAGGGAUGGUGGUGCAUUGGUGUGACCAAUUGAAGGUGUUAUGCCAUUCUUCAGUUGGGGGAUUUUGGACUCAUUGUGGGUGGAAUUCGACUAUGGAAGGUGUUUUUGCGGGCGUGCCAUUCCUUACUUUGCCUCUGCUUAUGGAUCAAACUCCGAUCAGUAAAUUUAUUGUGGAAGAUUGGAAGAUUGGGUGGAAGGUGAAGAAAGAUGGGGAAAUGGAUAAGUUGGUGACGAGAGAGGAAAUUACUGAACUUGUACAAACGUUUAUGAAUUCGGAGAAUCCUGAGAGGAAAGACAUGAUGAAAAGAGCAAGAGAAAUUAGAGAGAUUUGUCGACAAGCAAUUGAAAAAGGAGGGUCAUCUGAAUCAAAUCUCGAUACUUUUGUCAAUGAUAUUUCCAAAUGA